CGUAGCAUCUGGAAUGCGUCAGCGGCAAGGGGCGGGGAUGCCGCCGGUGGAUAUAAUAGGCACCGGGCAUGAGCACUGGGCGAAGCCGGGGGGUGGAGAAGCAGUGCUUUGGACCCUGUGAGUAGUGACCGCUGUCGCCUCCGUUUAUCAGUGUGAAGCUGCUGCAGCUGCUUGGCCAGCUGAGAGGAUGCCAUUCCCUGUGGAUCUACUGAAUGACUGCACUCAUGAAGAUGUGGAGACCUCAGGAUGGAACUGUGUGGCUGAACUUGAGCGUGGAAAUCCAGACAAUCCUGAAUUCUUUCUCCUGCCUGACCAAACUCGAGUUCCUAUUAAACUGUCGUCUGUGAGCUUUGUUCCUCUCUAUGGUGAAGACAAGGCAUACAAAGUUCUUGCUUUGUUUACACCACAGGACCCCCUCACAGCUGCUGCCCUGUAUCUUGCUGACCAGUGGUGGUCAAUUGAUGAGAUUGUGAGAACAUCUGUCCCGACUAGGCAGGGGCUUUGUCAGGUAAACUCUAUUGGAGAGAGGAUUGUUCUCUAUGCUCUCAAUCGGAUUAUCUACCGGACACGAGAAAUGGAAAAACAUGAGAUCCCAUUUCUCUGCCAUGCUAGCAAUGCCUAUGCUAAGAUUUUGUGGAAAGGAGGAGAGGCAAUUGGGUUCUAUUCUGUUAAACUUAAAGGAAGUCCUUAUAAUGUUUGUCUUGGUCAGAAAUAUUAUAUGACAGUACUGGACACAAUCUUUGUGAGAAAGCAACAUCGUGACAAACAGUCUGGACUGCUCAUGUUGAAAGACUUUGUGGAUUCAUUUGAUGAAACUAGUCUUGGCCUACGAUACCCACUGUCAGCCUUCAUGUACAAAGUUUGUAAGCAAUAUUUUGAGAAGUACCCUGCGGAUUGUAACCUGUUGUGGGAAGUGGAAGGAGCAGGACACUGGUUCCAGAGAAAAUCCAUUGUCUCUCUAUUGAAGAAAAAAGAGAUUUUAGAGGAGGAAAACGUGAGUGGCCAAGCUGUAGACCAUUUUCUACAGUCUGAAGGAGUAGCUGGAACAAGUGGACAGAAUGCUGAGCCAGAAGCAAUGCAAAAUGCUGAUUCUCAAAAAGCUAAAGAAUCAGUAGAUAUCCAUGCAGGCACUUCUCAAGACCCUAGCAUAGCUCCUGUUUCCUUUUGGACACGAAGCAGUCAUUUAAAACGUGCCAGGAUUGGAAAAAGUAGCCAGGAAUCUCUAAGUGAGACUUCCCAAGGAGAUGAGGAAAGUACUCUCUGUGCGUCAGAAAUCAGGCUGGAACUUCCUGCUCACACAGCUAAAAACUCUGAAAACUUAGAAGUACCUGAGGAGAGUGAUUUUGAGGAGGAUGAGGCAACACUUGCUGUAAACGAGAGCCAAUCUCUCUCAGAAGCAGAGCUACAUGUGUCAUCCCUUGAGAAAGGGAGUGAGAAGGAAAGUUUAACAGAACCUUUUAAUGGUGAGGUAACAGAAGAACCUAGUAAGACCUUGCUUACAGAUGAAAUGGAAACAUCAGAUGAAGUUCUAAGUGAUGAAUCAAAAUUGCAGCCUGAGAAUCAAGGAGAAGAACCCUUAAUGCUCUUUGUCCCAUUAAUCCUUGAGUCUCAGGCAAAGCAGUCAGAAGACAGUGCAUCAGAGAAGGUUUUAAAUGCAAAUGAUUCAGAAGUACUGACUGAAGAAGGUAAGUUAGUGGUGAAGAAGGGCACUGAAGAACAACAAGAAUCCAAAAAGACCACUACUGAAAAUGCAGCUGCUUCAGCAUCGAAAGAAGAGCCUUCUGAUAAUGGCCUGUCCAACUCUGUGGUAACUGAAGCAGCAGAAGAAUCUGCUUCUGAAAAUGUAUCACCCAAACCAGCUUCAUUAGAAGAUCAAAAUGAGGAAGCAGGGAACAACUCACAGGAGGCCCCUGGUGCCUUAAGUCAGAGCUCUUUGAUAAUGGUUGAAGUUGAGGGUGUUUCUUUUCAACAGCCUUCUGGACAGGAAGGACAGAAGAACCAGUUGGAAGAGCACUCAGAGGAGUCUGCAGAGCAGAUGGAUCAGUACAUGCAGACAGUAGCAGAGAGGGCUGCUGACAGCAGCUCUGAGGAAGCGGAAAUUGAGGUACCCAUUGUAGAUCGGAGAAACUUGCGAAGAAAGGCCAAAGGCUACAAAGGUCCACCUAAGAAAAAAGGAAAGCCAUCUUAAAAAUGAGAUACUGAUUGUUAAUUCAUCUAUUUAAUAGAAAGUUAUUUUGUGCAAAUUACUAGGGUGUACUUAAACCAUAUGGGACAUGAGACGUGGUUAAAAUUCUGAGUUGGAAUUCCUUUUCGGGUUAAUCACCUUUUAUUCAAGUUUUCUUAAGGGUGGUUAAAUGCAGAAUGUUGUGACUCAUUUUCCAUUUUUAGAGCAAUCUUUAUGAAGGAUUGACCUGCUGAAUAAUUCAAUUGAUAAUUGUGCACCCACUUCCAAAAGGUUAGGGGUUCUUUGGCUUAUGAAAAGUGAGUCACAGUUAUUUCAAUUCCUUCUAGGUGGAUUUUUGGUAUGUACGUUUAUGGCAUUUAUUCCCUGUGAGACUGGAAAAUAGUGUUUGUGAGAAGGCAGUGUCAUUCAUCAGGCUUUUACUUUUCAUGGCUAAGUUGGAACUGAUUUCAGUCAGCAUCUUCAAGAUAUUUGCAUACUGAAUACAUAAGUAUUACAAGUUCAUUAGAUUAGGGGUCUCCUGGUUUCUUCUGAGAACAGUCAGAUGUUUGAUCAUGUUUCAGUGAGCCAGUUUUAGAUACUGAACUUAGUCACAUCUCUAAGUAUACCCUUGAGUAGAUUGUAAAUCUAGGGUUACCUGAGAUAGUAACUGAUGACAAGACUGUUACAUGCAAAAUACAGGCAGUUGGGGUGCAAGUAGCAGCUCUGGUUGCCACAACAGUCUUGAAAACUGGACAUUGUUCUAAUUGUGAUCACAGCAGUACUUUGAACUAAUGGGUGAUAUAUUUUCCUUUAACAACUUUUUGGCAUAUUGCAGUCAAUACAGAGUAGCAAAAUCAAAAUGCUGACUUUCAGUAACAGUUUUUGUUCCUGUGUUGAUUGUCCUAUUGAAAUGGUAGUUGAAUAGUCCAUACCUCUUGUUAACAUUCACGCAGGGCAACACGAUGACAACUGUAUUGGCUGAAGAGUUUUGCCUUGCCAAAACCACUGGGGUUUUAGGCUUGGAUGACUUUUUGGGGAGGGUCUGUUAACUGUCUGUCUUACUAUCACCAAACUCUUAAAGAAUUUUUAAGAUCUUACUGCACCAGCAACCAAUGAUUAAAAUGUCAACUUUAUACAAGUUUGUACCAAAUGCUAUUACCACAGGCUGUGGAAAUACAUCUAUACAAUGAAGGCAAGCAGUAUUAUUUUUGAGGUUUAUUUAGUCUAGGAAUAGAAUUUCAUUUGUGAAUUCAGUCUUGCACUCAAAUGGGAAAUGGUUUUGUAUUUGAAUCCAGCAUUCGUUCCAAUGUCUUUCUUGUACUGCUUGUUAAUUAAUACCAGGAUCUACACUGCUUCCUCCCCAUUCUGUUCUGGUCUAGUUCCAUUUCAUGCAGAACUCUCAUUUGCUGUUCUCAAUGUUCUAUAGCCCUCUACAUGAAGAUGUCUACAUGGCUUAUUUCAAAAGUGACUUUAACUUAUUUGAAAUGAUGUCUGACUUUGGUUUGUUGCUUUCCUAUAACAUUUCAUUUGUAGAUGUCAGUAAUCAAACUACCAUUUACAAUGUCGUCAAUGCUACUAAGUUAAGUAUAGCAAUGAAUAAGCUUCUCUGCUUUAAGUGACCAUUCUAAAAUCUUACUACAAGGGGAUACACUUCUAAAUUUAUUUUCACAAAUGUAGUGUUAGAUGUUUUAUAAACUAGUUAUACCCUGUUUAUAAAUCUUAUGAAAGAUGUCUUGCUAUUCUAAAAUAUUGUACUGAAGUCUUGUUACUGUGUUAGGAUUUUUUUUUUUUACUGUCUUGGCUGCUUUUCAAAAUGUUUUGAAGUAGUAAUUAAACUUAUAUUUUGUGAUUA